AUGGCAGGACGAGUCGGUAGCCGACGUCUCCGCGGCCCCUUGCCACCUCCCGGCCCAGGCUGCCAGCGCCUCCUCUCCGCCGCGGGCGAGCACCGGCUCCCCAGCGAAGAGGAGGGGGCGGAGACCUGGGGCGGGGCGAGGAGCCCCGGGAAGGAUCCGCGUAGUUUCCCCGAGAGGAAAUCUCCGCUGCGGGCCGCGCGGGAGGAAACGAGGGCGGGGGGCGAAGGGAAAGUGUAG